AAAAAAAAAAAAAGAUAGUUCAUCAUCCAUCUGCAACUUGAAUCUGGUUUGAGUUGCUUUCCUUUUGGCGAUAGAAGAGAAUAUGGCUGAGGCUGUUGUUUCUUUUCUAGUGGAAAGAGUUGGUGACUACAUCAUUCAAGAAGGCAGACCCUUGUUCGGAGUUGGCAAUCAAGUUAGGCGUGCACACAGAGACCUAGUAUUCAUCAAGGGCUUCCUCAAAGAUGCAGACGCAAAGCAACGAGACAGUGAGGCAAUACGCACUUUUGUUGCCCAAAUUAGAGAUGCUGCUUAUGAUUUGGAGGAUGUCAUUGAAGCUUUUGUCUUGAAGGUGGAUUCCAGGAGGAAAGGAGGUAUAAAGAAUUUUUUGAAGAGGUUGGGGUGCAUCUUCGUUGAAGGAGUUCGCCGUUACAAGAUUGGGUCAGAAAUUGGGGUAAUUACUAUCACGAUUUCUGAUUUGAAGCAGGACUUGCAAACUUAUGGUAUCAAGGAGAUGAGGGAUUCCUCUACUUCCCUCCAAUUGUGUGAAGCACAACAACUACUGAGGCGAACUUACACUCAUGUUAUUGAUCGUAAUGUGGUCGGGCUAGAGGAUUCUGUCCAUGAAUUGGUUGGGCAUUUGGUGAAGGAAGAGCAUCGCCACCGAGUUGUUUCUAUCAUUGGGAUGGGCGGAUCUGGGAAAACAACUAUUGCUAAACAAGUUUAUCAUCACAAAGGGGUAACAGACCAUUUUGAUUGUUUGGCUUGGGUUUGUAUAUCUCAACAAUAUCAAGUCAGGGAUGUCUUGGAGAGGAUUUAUGUCAAACUUCUUUGCCCCACAAAAGAGGAGAGGGAUGAAAUUGCAAAAUUGAAGGAUGACGAAAUACCAGGGAGGCUUUCUCGUCUCCAAAAUGAAAAAAAAUGUUUGAUUGUCCUUGAUGACAUUUGGAAAAGAGAGACCUGGGACUUUUUGAAGGCUGCAUUUGAAUGCCAUGAAGACUCAAAGAGCAGAAUACUACUUACGACUCGCAAUGAACAAGUAGCUUCGCAUGCCGAUGAUAACGGUUUUCACUACCGACCUCCACCACUGAAUGAGUCUGAGAGUUGGAAGCUGUUUGAGAAGAUUGCAAUGAGUGGAAGGAAAGCUGGAAUAGAUGCUGAAGUUUACACGAAGAUGGAAGAAUUAGGAAAAGAGAUGGUUCAACAUUGUAGGGGUCUGCCACUAGCUGUCAUUGUACUUGCUGGACUUCUUGCCAGGAAAAACACAAUUAAAGAUUGGGAAACCAUACAAGAAAAUGUUGGUGUGUACAUAAGUAGAGGCUUUGGCCGCCGGGAAGAAGAACAUGCAUAUGCAUCAUGGGUGUUGGCGUUGAGUUAUGAUGACUUGCCAUAUCACUUAAAACCCUGUUUCCUAUAUUUAGGACAUUUUCCCGAGGAUCAUGAGAUCCGGAUGAAGAGUUUGACAAGACUAUGGAUUGCAGAAGGUUUUAUUUCUUUGACAAAACAAAGGCAAAGUUCAGGGGAAACAAUGGAGGAUGUGGCAUACAAUUGGUUGAAUGAGUUGGUAGAAAGGUGUGUGAUUCAAGUAGGAGAGAGAAGUUCAACUUUUGAGAAUAUUAAAACUUGCCGGAUGCAUGAUCUUUUGAGAGAUUUGUGUUUGAGAAAGGCGGAAGAGGAAAAUUUUCUCCAAGUUGUCAAAGGUUCUCAAAAAAAUGAGGCAAUGCAUCCAGUUUCUUCUUCUUCUUCCAUGGGAAAGAGGUGGGCACCUUAG